UGUUUUUUUUAUGUCAAUUGUCAAUCGCAAGAUGGUGAAGGCCGAAAUAAAAAUUUAUAAAUGAGAUAUGUUAUAAAUACAUAUAUCGUUCUGAAAGUGUAGUUAAUAUUUGCUGAAAAUUAACAGAAAGCAUUCUAAAUAAUACGCCGACAAAAUAUUGAUUUUCCCUAAAUAAAAAUACAGUGCAACAAACAUAAAGAUAUUGUAGGGACUUUACAAUAACUCGAGAAAGUCUUUUUGAGGAAAGAAUAUGUCUUGGGCUCAAUGGCCUGGGACCCCAACUCAGCAGCCUCCUGUGGUUGCUGCAACCGCGCCUCUCUUGAAUACAGCACCUGCAGUGAUUCCUCCUGGCAUGCCAUAUACUUCAGAUCAGUGGACGCAGAUGCAACAGCAAAACUGGCAACAGUGGGCCCAGUGGCAGCAGCAAUAUCAGCAAUGGCAUCAACAGUAUGGAGCAGAGUAUCAAAAGUCUAUCAACGCUCUGGCCGCCCAGCAGUCAGUUGUUCCCAAUAUUGGUGGGCCACCGCCACUACCUGUUGAUCCGCAACCUCAGCCUCCGCUUCCGAAAGAGGAGCUCCCUAAACCUGCUCCGCCUCUACCAGUACCCGUUCCACCUCCUCAGCAUUCCGUAGUCCCCCAGUAUUCCACAACAUUGAUGCCCAAUCAGUUCUCUGCACCGCCGCCUUCAUUCGUCCCCAAUCCGCCCCAGCAGCCAUGGAAGGCCAGCGGCAACGUCAACGUCGAUCAGAAACGUCAGUUACCCGGCAAAGAAGACACCAACCCGAAAAGACAAAUGACUAACAGACAAGGAUGGCAAAACGUGGGCGCGACUCAGUCCAACCCUAACCAAAACGAAGAACUGUCCGAGGCGGAGAAAAAGUUCGACAAGCAAUUCGCCGAGUGGGAGGCUCAGUUCAACAAGUGGAAAGAGCAGAACAGCGGCCAUCCCGACAAACAACAAUACAAGGAGUACGAGAAGAAAUGGGAACAAUGGAGGCAACAGUUGCUAGACAGGCGUGAAGCCAUGAGAAGAAAACGACUCGGUCUCCCUCCGGCUAAACCCUCCCAAGUUCAGAACUUCAACGUUCCGCCGCCUUCGCAGGGCGUCCAGCAGCAACCUACAACGACUGCCUCGCAAGUUCAAGUACCGCCAAAGGAUGCCGUCCAACCAGCUGCUAGCAUUUACAGUAAACCGCCGCCCGAUAUGAACAACGAACCUUUGCAGUUCAAGGGUAACGAUAAAGAACCGGAGCCCCAGGAUGGUGGUGGUCUGGGAUUCUUGAACACUACCAAAUCGGACGGUAUCCCAGGAUUGGAUCUCGUCAAAGACGGAGACGUCGAGAAGCUCGACGACGAAGAACAGAUUCCCGUUAAGAAGGGUCCGGAUCUUGAGGCCAUCUCAAAGGGUAUAAACAACAUCUUGGGAGACCAAAAAUUGAUGAGUAUGCUAUCGAUGGUUUCCCAGAACCAGAGCACGAAUCUGAUCGGUACUCCGAGGAUAGGAGCGGACGCAUCUUCAAGUCGCGAUCAGUCGAACAUGAGCGGAGAUGACGCUCGCAACGAACACCCUGAGCCAAUACAGAAUUUCGACGAUCAGACCAGAAGCAGUUUCACGAUGCAACCCAACGAUCCAGAGUAUUAUCGGGGUCCGCCCAGUAAUGCUCAGAUUGGCAGGGGUGCACCGCCCCCUAAUUUCUACGAUAACGAAUCUCCUUACAACAGACCGCCUCCUAAUUUCACAAUGCCUUCUCACGAUGACAUGAAGAGACCACCGCCGAACCGCUUUGGAAACGAAUUCGAUAAAGGUUCUUUCCCGAACCAAAACGCUGCGGCCUCAGAUAAUGCACCACCUUUGGUUCCAGAAGGUCUCGGUCGCAGAGGUACCGGCCUUCUUCCAGAUCCGAUUAGGAAAGGUAACUUUGGCGAAAUCAUGACCAAGGGCAGAGAACCGUUCGGUCCAGGAAGGGCAAGGGGAGAUUUCGGCGAUAAAGACAUCAAUAGAGGUAACUUUGGACCAAGGGGGCCCGAUUUCGAGCAAGAUGGUCACAAUAAGAAUUUGGGUGGUAGAACACCGUUCGGUAGAGACCUACAAGGUAGAAAUAAUUUCGGUAAACCCUAUGGCUUUGACGACGAAGGGAAAGGUCCAUUAGAUAACGAGAGAAACGGAAGGCCAUUCCAGAACCAGAGGUUCGCGCCAGGUUUCAGAGAAGGAAGGGACGAUUUAAACGAACCUCCACCACCCAAUUUCAGGGGCGGAAGGGAUGGUUUGAACCAGCCUAUUACACCUAAUUUCAGAGGCGGCAACAGAGACAGUUUCAACGAGCACCCGCCACCGAACUUCAGAGGAGGCAGAGACGAUUUUAGCGGGCCCCCACCACCUAAUUUCAGAGGCGGCAGAGACGAUUUCAACGACCGCCCUCCUCCGAAUUUCAGGGGCGAUAGAGAGGAAUUCAACGAGCCCCCACCGCCCAAUUUCAGGGGUGGUAGAGACAAUCUUAACGAGCCGCCACCGCCGAAUUUCAGAGGUGGUAGAGACGAUUUUAACGAGCCACUUUCGAAGAAUUUCAUGGGAGAUAGAGACGAUUUUACUGAGGCUCCUCCGCCGAAUUUCAGAGGAGGUAGGGACAAUUUCAACGGGCCCCCUCCGAAGAAUUUCAGAGGCGGCAGAGGCGAUUUCAACGAGCCGCCACCGGCGAACUUCAGAGGUGGCAGGGACGAUUUCAACAAGCCUCCGCCGCCCAAUUUCAGAGGCGGCAGGGAUGAUUUUAACGAUCACCCACCGCCGAACUUCAAAGACGGUAGAGACGAUUUCAACGAGGGUCUUGCGCCGAAUUUCAGAGGCGGUCGAGACGAUUUCAAUGAGGCCCCUCCGCCGAGAUUCAGAGGAGGUAGAGGCGAUUUCAACGAGGCGCCGCCGCCGAACUUCAGGGGAGGAAGAGACGAUUUUAACGGGCCUCCUUCGUCGAACUUCAACGGUAGAAACAACGAUUUCAGGCAGAACGAUAGGCCUCUUCAGAGGGGCGGCAACUUCGGUCCUGGUCCGGAUCGUUACGCGGACGAAAGGUCGCCUUUGAACAAAGGUGCAGAAGGCUUCAACGAGAGGUUCAAUAGGCCCGGCGGUCGAUUCGGCGGCGACAUGGAUCCGAACUACGGGGAGGGUGAUUUCGCGGACGAUGGUGAUUAUCCGCCACCCCCGGAAAUCGACGGCAGUUUCGGCAGGGGCGAGAACACUGGGCAGUUCGCGGAAGCCCCGGAACCGCCUCAGUUUGGGGACGAGCCAUUAGGCGACAUGCCUCCCGAAGGUGACGAACAAGAGCCAAUUCUGGAUGACGACAUAUGGAAACCAGUGACAGUGGUGGAUUACGAUCACAAACGUGUGAAGCCUCCCGAAAUCGACGUGCUCGUUCAGCCUUUCCGCAUGUACGAUUACCGACACAAAACAUUGAGACGUAUACCGUACCCAGAGAGGCCCAACUGGCUGUCUGAUGCCGUAAAAAUGAUACCGGAGCUCGAUCCUCCCAUAAUACGUCCACCUCCCAUCGAUCGCAGGAUGUACGACGAUCGUUACGAGCCCGUAGUUCCGCGCAGGGACGAUAGGUAUAGACCAGACGAUAGGUACAAAUACGAAAGAAACGUAUUCGAUUCGAGAUUAUCGCCACCGCCAAUGAAAUUUGAAAUGGAAAACGAUUGGCCGGGUCGUAGACGUAGAUCAAGGUCACCUCCUCGAUUCGACAGGUCGCAAAUGUACGCCGACAGAGAGGCCUGGGACCAAGGCGGCAGGCCAGGCGAAAGAGAUAGAAGGCUGGGAAACAGAAGGGAUAGAGAAUUCGAUAGAGAAAGACGGGACGAUAGAAGGGAGCGCAGAGACGACAGAGAUCGCAAAGAGGACGACAGUUGGAAUAGAAGGGAUUCCGGAUGGGAGGAUAAACGAAGGAGAAUCGAAGAUAUGGAAGUAGACGACGUAGAUGGGGAUAAAAGGGACGCUCGUUUUAAAGCAGAUAACAAAAAUAUCGAAAGAGAUAAUUACGCAAGGAAGGAAGGUAUGCCAAUAUUUCCAUUCUCCAAGCCAAUAGACGAGAAUAAACCUAGCAAUGUCACGCCGAUUGAAGAUCUCUUGAACGCGCCCGGCAGGUCGAGUAGACCUCAGAGGAUCGUCAUAAUACUAAGAGGUCCACCUGGCAGCGGAAAGACUCACCUAGCCAAAAUGAUCAAGGAUAAAGAGGUUGAAAAUGGCGGAUCGGCUCCUAGAAUUUUAUCCUUAGACGACUAUUUCAUGGUAGAACAGGAAAAAGAGGUCGUGGAAGAUGGUAAACGGGUCAAAUUGAAGGAGAUGGUUUAUGAGUUCGAGGCUGGUAUGGAAGAAUCCUACAGAAAUUCCCUAGUGAAGUCGUUCAAAAAGACGAUAACCGAUGGUUAUUUCCCAUUCAUCAUUGUCGACAAUGUGAAUGACAAAGUGAAAUAUUUUGGAGAGAUGUGGAGUUUCGCCAAGCAGAAUGGUUUCCAGGUUUACAUAUGUCAGAUGGAACUAGAUGUCCAAAACUGUUUCAAAAGGAAUAUACAUAACCGUACCGAAGAAGAGAUACGUCGGUGCAUAGAAGGAUGGGAGACCACACCCUCCCAUCAUCCCAUACUUGACGCUUCCUCCCUGUUGCAGGGAGGACCUAUACCCGAGGUAGAAAUGGAGGAAAUAAAUUCGCCAAUCAGUGAUGUUGACGAUAAGGAAGAUGGGUUAGAGGACCAACUAGAUCGAAGCAAAUGGGACAAUUUCGACUGUUCUAUAAAUAAUCUUGCACGACUUGAUGGCCUCAGCAAACCCCCCCGCCCCUCAAGAACUAUGGAGGAAUUCCUACAGCUCGACGAUGAGUGGGAAGUCACCAGGCCAACCAAACCAGGAGAGAAGAGGGUUCGGUGGGCUGACCUGGAGGAACGUAAACAACAGGAGAAGAUGAGAGCCAUUGGAUUCGUUGUAGGACAGACUGAUUGGGAUAGAAUGAUGGAUCCUUCGAUGGGUCAAAGCGCUCUAACUCAAACAAAGUAUAUAGAGAAGGUACAAAGAAGAAGAUUCUAAUUUUUCCAGUACACAACGUGAUGUGUUAUGUACUAGGAUUUUCAUCAAGUUUUGAUAUUUUGAUUUUGUAAAUAUAUUUAAUUUUAUAAGGGAGAAAUAAUAGUUAUAGUGUUUUAACCUUCUGUCGUUUCAUAUUCUUUCGUUAUAUCAUAGUAAUAAAGAAUCUGUUGUAUCAAUA